CCAGCUGGCGGAUUCCACAGUCAUGUUAUUACCAGCACAGGGCGAAUGACGAAUAUGAAAUAACUAGAGGUUUGGAGAAGAAAGCUUGUUGCGUGGAGAGAUGAUGACGUGAUUUGAAGUGGAUUAUUUAUUUCGCGCUCCGCGUUUUGCCUCCCAGUGCGUCUGCAGAGGACAGUCGGUGUGAUGCUCUUUCUAAACCCAGAGGCAAGCAGACGUCUCUCACACCUUUACUUCAUCAUCAUCAUCAUCAUCACCUCUGCGUCCAUGUGGAGCUGUUCUGCGUGACCCCUGCAACACCCCAACACCAUUCAGGUCGUCUUUAGGCACACAGACUUCAUCUCCAUUUAAAUGACUGAACAGAAAUCCCUAGCUUUACUGGUUUUGUAAUUGCACACAUGGGAUCGGAGCAUUUCCAAGCCAUUUUCUGGCUAAACUUAACAAGCCCAUGUAGAAACUCAUCUAUUUCUGAGGACAAGAUGCACCUCAUCUGUGUGAAAUGAUCCGAUUCAGGUUGCGGUUGUCCUUAAUGGCUUUUAUGAUGAGAAGAUGGAAGGUCUUGGUAGUGCUGAACGUGUUCGCAGUCGCAGGCUUCUUCACUUUUUGGGGCAAGUGUGAUGUUUGGUCCAACAAAAUUGUUAACAGCUACACUCGCCUCAAUGGAUCUUCUUCAGACCCAGGCAUCAGUCAUGAGGUCCUGCUGAAGAGGCUCGGCUCAUUAGAAGAUGUAGUCUACAGACAGCUAAAUGGUUUGUCCAAAUCUCUUGGUCUUAUUGAGGGCUUCAAAGGCCAGGGUAAAGAGGGUAUUCCUGCCACACUAACUCCCGAGGAGGAAAAACAAGCCAAAUUCUUACAGGAAAAGUAUGGCUACAAUGCAUUCCUGAGUGACAAGAUUUCCCUGGACAGGUCCAUCCCAGACUAUCGGCCCAGCAAGUGCAAAAACAUGUUUUAUCCCAAAGACCUGCCCCAGAUUUCCCUUAUCUUCAUCUUCGUGAACGAGGCUCUGUCUGUGAUCCUGCGAUCUGUUCACUCGGCUGUCAAUCAUACUCCGCCUCAUCUCCUGAAGGAGAUCAUCCUAGUAGAUGAUAACAGUGAUGAUGAGCAACUGAAAGGGCCUCUUGAAGAAUAUGUCAACAAGCGUUACCCAGGUCUUGUCAAAAUCGUGCGCAAUCAGAAGCGAGAGGGCCUCAUCCGUGCUCGCCUUGAGGGUUGGAAAAUGGCCACAGGAGAGGUGACAGGCUUUUUCGAUGCCCAUGUGGAAUUUACUCCCUCUUGGGCUGAACCAGUUCUGUCCAGAAUUAAACAGGACCCCAAGAGGAUCAUCCUACCCUCAAUAGACAACAUUAAACAUAAAUCAUUUGUCUUGGAGCGCUACGAGAACUCAGCACAUGGUUUCAAUUGGGAGCUGUGGUGCAUGUACAUCAGUCCACCGAAAGAGUGGUGGGAUGAAGGAGACACCGUGGCACCCAUCAGGACUCCUGCUAUGAUAGGCUGUUCAUUUGUGGUAAACCGGCAUUUCUUUGGAGAGUUGGGUCUGCUGGACCCAGGCAUGGAUGUCUACGGUGGAGAAAACAUAGAACUUGGAAUUAGGGUUUGGCUGUGUGGGGGCAGUAUGGAGGUAUUGCCUUGUUCUCGGGUGGCUCACAUCGCCAGGACUAAGAAGCCAUACAACAGCAACAUUGCAUUUCAUACCAGACGCAAUGCACUGCGGGUGGCCGAAGUAUGGCUGGAUGAGUACAAGUCCACUGUCUAUCUGGCCUGGAACAUUCCAAUGGAGAACCAUGGCAUUGAUUAUGGGGACAUUUCAGAGCGAGUGACACUAAGGAAAAGUUUGCAGUGUAAAAACUUUAAGUGGUACCUUGACAAUAUCUACCCAGAGAUGAGGCGAUACAACAGCACGCUGUUUUAUGGAGAAAUUCGCAACUCCAACGUGAGCCAUCUGUGUAUGGAUCAGGGUGUGAAGGAGAACCACACAGCAACCCUUCACCCUUGCCAUGGUUGGAACCCACAGCUUGGACGCUAUACCAAGGAGGGAUACCUGUUUGUUGGACCUUUGGGAAGCACUGGAGACGACACCUGCUGUGUGAUUGAUGAUAUGAUCAGCAGCUUCCCUCAGCUUGUCAACUGUGACAAAUUUUCCAACAUUGGCCAAAAGACAUGGAACUUUGCACAGAAUGAGUCAAUUGUAAACCGGGCCACAGGUCGCUGCCUAGAGGUGGUAAAGGCCAACGUCUCCUUCGGCUACGCGCUGGUUCUGCAGCCCUGCACUGGCCAGAGGUGGAACAUCAAAAACACGAUGAGGCAGCAACAGGGACUCUGAGUGAGUCCGAUUCAUCAGAUAAGACUGGUGCACACAUCAAGCCAGAAGUCUGGAAAGGAACUGCAAGGGUCUGAUUUCAGAUUUGUGGUCUAACUCACUGAAUCUGAUAUUUACUGGGUGGGUGCUAUUCUCGUUAGAGAAGUGUGCAAUACAUGACGACUCCUCAACAGUCCUAUAGAGCACAAGAGUUUUUGAUAGACAUUUCUGUUUUCCUCAAAAAGAGUAGCCAUCUAAUACAAACUUUAACUACUUAAAAAAGGGACCCAAAAUAUAUUGAGUCAUGCUAUGGAACAAAACAGGUUCAAGACAUGAUAAUAACGUCAUUUCAUUUCAAGUAAACUUUUUUCGGGGUGCUACAAACUACAUUUAGAUCUUUUGCAUUUUAUGUGGUCUUUUUUCUAUUGAAAAUUUAGUAUUUUGGCUAACAUGGGAGUAAUCUGUGAUUAUGUUGAUUUGUCUUGAACACAUUCACUCCUGUUGAAAUCAGUCAUUUUCAAGCUUUUUUAAUGAUGGAUGUGCACAUUCAUUUGCUUUUUGUGGAUAUUGAUUAUCCCUAGCUUCAACCGUGAUAAUAAACAUUCCCUUUGUAAGUAAGUAUCAGAAACUGUUAGUGAAUUAAAGACUCAGUAAGUAGCAUGACCUUUUAAUAUGCAAAUGGGACAUAAUUCGAAAGUACAGUGAGUGCAGGUAUAUUAAUAUAUAUUAGGUAAGUUAUUUUUUAAUUAUAGAGCAAGUGUAUUAAGACCUGUAUUAAUAUAAGACUACUGCUGUUGGUACUCAUGGUCAAAUGGUUUGGUGAUGGAAAUUCUCCCAUGCUGUCUUCCAUAAAAUUGAAUUCGAUUUUUAAAUAAAAUUUUUAAAAACAUAAA